CGGUUGACUGUCUUGGUGCUGUGCUGUUUUGAUUACCCCUGACCCCCGAGUCAACGCAGUCUGGUGUUUACACACAGCCCGCUCAUACCGUUAGAAUGGCCACGCAUCGCGAGAACGGGGGCUUCCACAUCGACACGGUGGCCCGCAUUAUCCGUAAGACACUCCUUAACGAAUAUCUCGCCCUGCCGGUCGCGGCAGCAGCAACCUGGCUCACUCACCCCUCCUCCUCCACCCAUCUCGGCCACCUCCUCGACCUUGCCUCGCGCUUCAACAUCAACCUCACCGUCCUGACCCUCAGCCAACUCGCCCGCGCGGCGCUCUACCUCGGCAGCGCAGGGCUCCUCCUGUCCGCCAACAGCCUUCUCAACAAAUGGGCCGCCAACAACUGGACAGCCUCCCGGUCAGGCGAGUGGUCGCACUGGGAGCGCGAGAUCGUCGUUAUCACGGGCGGCAGCAGCGGCAUCGGGGCGCACGUCGCGCAGGGCCUUCUGCGGCGCAACCCGCGCACCACCAUCGUCAUCAUCGACCUCGCUCCACUCCGCUGGGCGCCUCCCCCUAACUCUGAGGUGCACUGUUUCCAAGCCGAUCUCAGCAAGGCCGACGCAAUCCGCGCCGUGUGCGCCCGCGUGCGGGACGAGGUUGGGCACCCGACGGUGCUGGUCAACAACGCCGGCCUGGUGCGCGGGCGUACGGUGAUGGAGGGUUCGUACGCCGACGUGGAGGUGACGUUCAAGACGAACCUCAUCGCGCCGUUCCUGCUGAUCAAGGAGUUCCUGCCUGAGAUGGUGCGCAACGACCACGGGCAUAUUGUCAGCGUGUGCUCGACCAGCGCCAUCAUGCCGCCGCCGGAUAUUGUCGACUACGCGGCCAGCAAGGCGGGGAUUCAGGCGCUGUACGAGGGACUUGGGAUGGAGUUGCUGUAUCGGCAUAAUGCGCCGCGCGUGAGGCUGACGAAUGGCGUCUUCAACUUCAUUCGGACGCCGUUGGUGGUUGGAAUGCCAACGCAGCCGCAGUUUCUGGCGCCGCUGCUGCAUGUUGAGACGGUGAGCGAGGCAAUAGUUGAGGCCCUGUACAGCGGGUAUGGCGGGGUCAUUUACCUGCCCGGGAUCAUGAGCUACAUAGCCAUGUUGAGGGCCGCACCGGUGUGGCUUUUCCGUGCUGGAGUCCACAGGACUACCGCCCAGCUGGGCGUUAGGUUCCCGGGGCUCCAGACCAUUGAUGAGGCUGGCGGAGUUCAGGCUGUUUCCAAGUAGAUGCCGUGGCUGGCGAAUUGAGUAUCAAUCUUACCGUUUCCUAGGAAUACCUGGACAUACAUGGCUUAGUUCCAGGUUUGAUGUUAAACGGCAAUAAUCGGCCAUGUGCUUAAACUUACCUUUGAUUUCGAGUGAAAGGGCGAUGCCAAAUCAUUGGUAGAUGCCCAUCCCAAGGCCG